AUGUCAUAUGAAAAACCAAAUUUUUCACAUGUUGAAGAUGAUAAAAAAGCUCAAAUUACUCAUAUUGAAGGAACAGAUUUGAAAGGUUCAGAUUCAGAAUUGGGACCAAGUUUUAUUGAAGGAGAAGAAGAAUAUUAUACAGAUUUACCAGAAUCAUUGCAAGGUUUAACAACAGAAGAAUUAAAAUCAUUAGAUAAAAAAACAGUUCGUAAAAUUGAUAUAAGAUUAAUGACUAUGUUAAUUGUAAUUUACAUUUUGAAUUAUAUUGAUAGAAAUAAUAUCGCAUCUGCUCGUUUAGGUGGAUUAGAAAAAGAUUUAGGUUUAAAAGGAAAUCAAUAUCAAAUUUGUAUUUCGAUUUUAUUCGUUGGUUAUAUCUUAUUUCAAAUACCGUCAAAUUUAUUAUUGAAUAAAUUAGGUAGACCAUCUGCUUAUUUAGCUGUUGUUAUGACUUUAUGGGGUGCUAUUUCUGCUUGUACCGCUGCUGUCAAUAGUUUCGGUGGAUUAGUUGCAAUUCGUGCUUGUUUAGGUAUAGUCGAAUCAGCAUUUUUUUGUGCCGCUUUAAUGAUUUUAUCUUCAUGGUAUGAUAAAAAAACUUUAGCUUCAAGAAAUUCAAUCUUAUAUGCUGGUUCUUUAGUUAGUUCAGCAUUUAGUGGGUUAAUAGCUGCUGGUAUAUUAGAAAUGGAUGGAUUAGGUGGUGUUGAAGGUUGGAGAUAUUUAUUCAUUAUUGAAGGUUGCCUUACUGUUUUAAUUGCUCCAUUAGCUUAUUGGGUUUUACCAGAUACUCCAUCAAAUACCAAGUUUCUUUCACAACAAGAAAAAGAUCUUAUUCAAUGGAAAUUAAGAAAAGAUUUAGGAAAUGUUGAUGACUCAGAUAAAGAAGCUCAAGUCACUGAAUGGCAAGGUUUUAAGUUAGCUGUAACAGAUAUAAAAUUAUGGAUGAUUUGUGGAUUGCAUUCUUUCUUGACGGCUGCAUGCUCCAUAACUAACUUCUUCCCAUCUGUUGUUCAAACGCUUGGUUUUAAUCAUACGAUCACUCUUUGUUUGACUGCACCUCCUUUUGUUGUUGCUGUUUUUGUUACAUUUUUUUGGGCCAAACACGCAGAUAAAUCUGGUGAAAGAACAUUCCAUGUCAUUAUUCCAUUAGUAUUGUCUUUAGUUGCUUUCAUUAUAGCUGUUGCAACUUUAAAUACAGGUGCAAGAUAUUUCAGUAUGAUUUUAAUGAUUCCAAGUUUAUAUAGUGCUUUCGUUGUUGUUCUCACAUGGAUUUCAAACUCGUGUCCAAGACCACCAGCUAAAAGAGCAGUUGCCAUUGCAUUAGUCAAUUGUUUAUCAAACACAACUCAAAUUUGGACUCCUUUUUUAUAUCCAGCUCAAGAUGGUCCAAGAUAUAUUAAAGCUAUGAGUUGUAAUAUUGCAUUUUUAGUAUUAGCUAUAAUCUUUGCUAUAAUAUUAAGAAUUAGAUUAAUGGUAUUAAAUAAAAAGAUAGAAAGAGGUACAAUGAAUUGGCAAAAGGAAUUAGGUAAAGGUAAUGAUGGUUCAAAAAUUUCUCCGGAUUUCAGAUUCUUAUAUUAG